AUGUCCAACGAAAGAAUCGAUAGCCAUAAACAAUCACAAAUCAGCUCUCUACCAGAUGAAAUCCUUCAACAUAUCCUCUCGUUUGUGUCAACAAAAUUCGCCAUCAGAACUUCCCUCUUGUGCAGCCGGUGGAGGCAUGUAUGGUCCAAUAUGCCUUCUCUUUGCUUCGAUAACACUACACUAAAGGCUGCUUCAAUCAACAAAACCCUAACUUUCUACACGGCUCUCAAGAUGAUGGAUUUUCAUCUCAAAACCAACUCGGCUCUCAAUGUUCCCCACAUCGACAAGUGGAUCGAAUUCGCCAUGCAUUGUCCCGGAACGUGGAGAAUAUGUUCCUUGAUUUCAGUUUUCUUUAUAAUUAUGAUAUUCCAGAGUUCCUCUACAUCGAUUCCUCUAUCAAGCAACUCGACGUGA